GCAUGGAUUGGGGAUUGGUGAUUGGGGAUUGGGGAUUGGGUUUUAGUUAGCCGGCUUUGUCUGGCAUUUGCUUUGACUAAACACUCGGAUUAAUGGGGCAGCUAGAGGGCGUGAGGGCAACUAAUCGAAUGAAGGUAGGGUCUAGGGUGCCGGACUAAGGUUACCAACAAGAGGUUGCCUUCGCCGGGCUCUGGACCCUCAGAUAUGCAGAGAGAAAAGAGAAGAGAAAAAAAGCUGACAGACACGCAUAAAACUAAUCCGCUUUAGCACGUUCCACUAAAUCGCAGGGCCCCAAAGCCCGGACAGCCAGCCGUACCGAGUGGGCCAGCUCUACGUUCGCUUGCGUCAUCCGUGUCCGAUUUUGAUUUAAUCGACGUCAGCGUCAAUAAAAUGAAAUCAGUAAUCGGUGCGACGCUUACCAAGCCAGGCCAGUCCAGGGCCCGUGUCCAGAAGAUAGAUAGAUAGAUAGAUAGAGUUCCACGUUCAGAGAUCGGUUCAGCAUGUCAGCCGAGACGCCGGCGGUCAAUGUUAACUUGGCCAAAAUUGUCAAUCUCAUUGGGUCCAAUGUGCGCGACCAGGAGCCGUCCAGCAUUGGCAGCUCGCGCAGCGUACGGCUCGCCAGCAGCGGCACGCCCCGGCGCGCCGCCUACUCGUACGUGCCCAAAUCGCCGCAGCUGGAGGAGAUUGUGUUCGCCGAGCCAACAUGCUCGGAACGCUUCGCCCGCUACUUUAUCCUUGUCAUUUACUUAUGCGGUCUCUGCAGCCUCGGCUUCAUACUGUCCAUCUAUCACAUCUUCUUCUGGGACUCGCGCAUGCCGCCCGUCUUCAAGGGUCCAAAGAAGCCGCCGGCUUUUGGCUAAUGCCUUUUGCGCAGCCCGGGACCAGAUGCCCAUGUUGACAAAAUUGUGAUACCCGAAAAGAUUGCCAUACGCCUAUUAAACUCAUCGGAAGUCACCGCAGAGCAGUUCUACAAGCACAUCCUC